CUGGUCAGCCGGACCUGGGCGCGGGGGACACGGGGGUGGCGGGGCCGGGCCCGGCCGAGGGCGGGCGCUGCGGGUCCGUCCCGUCCCGCGGCGAGUGGAGCCGGGGGGGCCGCGGCUGCUGUUACCCGGCGGCACCGCGGCUGCUCCCCUGGCACCGAGGCGGCUCUUCCCCCGGACCCCCGAUGGCCGCUCGGGACGCCCCGUCCGGGCUCUGCCCGUCCCCGACCUCCGCGGCGAGGAGCGCGGCUGAGCCCCGGGAGCGGCUCGGUCCGAGCCUCGGGCGGCUCCUUUCUGCCACGGGCCCCUUGGAGCCCAGUUUUGACACGAUGGCUCGUAAGAUUAGGCGAGAUCAGGACGAAGAGGCCGCAUCUCGUUAUCAAAAUGCAGUGUUCCCAUCACUGUGAGCACCUUUUGGAGAGACUGAACAAGCAGCGAGAAGCCGGCUUUCUGUGUGACUGCACUGUUGUUAUUGGCGAAUUCCAGUUCAAAGCACACAGAAAUGUGCUUGCCUCCUUCAGCGAGUACUUCGGGGCGUUUUACAGAGACGCAUCUGACAAUAAUGUUGUUUUGGAUCAGACUCAAGUGAAAGCUGAUGGAUUCCAAAAACUCCUGGAAUUUAUUUAUACGGGAAACUUAAACCUUGACAGCUGGAAUGUUAAAGAAAUUCACCAGGCAGCCGACUAUCUCAAAGUAGAAGAAGUGGUCACUAAAUGCAAAAUCAAGAUGGAAGACUUUGCUUUUAUAGCUAAUCCCUCUUCUACAGAGACAUCCAGUAUCACUGGCAAUGUUGAAGUGAAUCAGCAGACUUGUCUGCUGACUCUCCGAGAUUACAAUAAUCGGGAGAAAGCAGAUGCUGCUUCUGCAGAGUUGGUUGAACCUCAGGCAAAGAAAACAGCUUUAGAAAAGAAAUCUCCUCAAACCAAAAAGCGAAAGAAGAAUUUCAGCUCCCCCAAAAGCAUACAGAAUAAAUCCGGACAAUAUCAGAACGACGUGACCGAGAACGCAUCCGUGGAAAUGUUUUUAGAUGCGAAUAAGCUUGCCACGCAGAUCACGGAACAGGCUGCCCAGGGCAGUGAUAACUCCGAACUACAGCUGGCAGCUGUGGUGGAAAGCGAAACGUUGGCAGCUCAGGAUCUUUUAGUUCAGACUAUUGCAGCAAAACAGAAGCGGGGAAAGCCCCAGCAAAGCUGUGCGCUGAAGGAGCACUGUCUGUCCAGCAUAGCCAGCGAAAAGAACACUUACCAGCUGGAGACUUCAAGUGAAGAGCUUGACCAGAAGUUCUCCAAAGCUAAGCCGGUGUGCAACACCUGUGGAAAAGUCUUUUCAGAAGCCAGCAGCCUCCGUCGACACAUGAGAAUACACAAAGGAGUGAAGCCGUACGUGUGCCAGCUUUGUGGGAAGGCAUUUACCCAGUGCAACCAGCUGAAAACACAUGUAAGAACUCACACAGGGGAGAAGCCGUACAAAUGUGAACUCUGUGACAAAGGCUUUGCCCAGAAGUGCCAGUUAGUGUUCCACAGUCGGAUGCAUCACGGCGAAGAGAAACCGUACAAAUGCGAUGUCUGCAACCUGCAGUUUGCAACUUCAAGCAACCUGAAGAUUCAUGCCAGGAAGCACAGCGGCGAGAAGCCCUACGUGUGCGACCGCUGCGGGCAGCGCUUUGCUCAGGCCAGCACGCUCACCUACCACGUGCGUCGCCACACGGGAGAGAAACCUUACGUGUGUGACAGUUGUGGAAAAGCCUUUGCUGUCUCGAGUUCUCUCAUCACCCAUUCCCGAAAACACACAGGAGAGAAGCCAUAUAUCUGUGGCAUUUGUGAAAAGAGUUUUAUUUCCUCCGGAGAGCUCAAUAAACAUUUUCGGUCCCAUACAGGUGAAAGACCAUUUAUCUGUGAAAUGUGUGGAAAUUCUUACACAGAUAUAAAAAACCUUAAGAAGCACAAAACAAAAGUUCACACAGGAUCUGAAACUCCCCCUGAUUGUAACGCACUUGAUAAUUCUUUCAAUGAACAAGAAUCCAUUCAGAGUCAGAAAAGUCCUUUAUCGGAGUCCAUAGACGUGAAACCCUCGGAGAUGUCUUUAGCACUUCCCCUUCCCAUUGGGACUGAAGACCAUCAGAUGCUGCUGCCCAUGACGGGCAGUCAGUCUCCUUCAUCAGAAACGUUACUAAGAUCUGCUGUGACUGGAUAUUCAGAACCUCAGUUUAUCUUCUUGCAGCAGUUAUACUGACAGUGCAGUACGGAGCCAUCGAGGUAAUUUGGUCGUGAACUUGGGUAGUUUGGUAAGAUGAACAUAAGCAAGCCAGCAGUCACACUUGUUGAAUUGGACCUGGUCUUUUUUUCUUUUGUGUAAAGACACUUGUAAGGCAUUUCCUUUGUGCAGUGCUGUCUUUUGGGUUUGCUUGAAUUGUGCUCAUACACAAUCAAUUUUCUCUUUGCAAUUAACACUGAUUUCUGGGAGACGAUUCCUUUCCAGCAACACCUGCCUUAAGAAUUCUCUGUUAAAUAUCUUAAUGUGUUUUGGAGAUCUCCUCCCAUGUUCCUGCUGAUCCGGUGCAUCACAGUGUCGUUUGAGAGCAGACGUUUAAAGCCAUAUUUGAUAGUUUAUUAACCCAGAGGUGCAAGGGGAAAAUAAUCAUUUGAAUGUAUUAACACUAACAAGCUUGUACUCCUGCAUUCCAAGGCGAUGUAACGGUACGUGACAGAACGUAGGCCUGUGCUCUGCCGAGGUGCUUGCAAAGAAUUCCUGCUGUGUGCCAGCAGUAGCCAUCUUGAGCUGAAGUCUGACCAGAGGGAGAGAAAGUUUUGGGUAUAUUUUCCUGAUAAGGCAAGUAAAGGAGUGGUUAAUUAUUUUUUUCUAUAGUGUGGUAAGUCAGAGGGUUCUAGGGGCACAGAUGCUACUGGGUAUUCUUUCCAACAAGUCACCCUUUUCCCCUCUUCUUUUGUUAAAGUGAAUCCAGCAUUGUUUUAUCUUGUCCCAGAUUUAUUUUUCACAUCCUUAACAUUCCCCAGUUUUGGCACAAACAGCAGCAUUUGCUCAAGAGAGCUGGAACGUCAAUAUUGUAGAUGAGAUUAAAAGAUGCAUUGACUUAAUGUAACACGUGACUUAUAGCUUCGUAAUCCUUUUUUGUUUUAAUAGUAGUGCUUCUAGUGUUCCACAGUAGGUACAGAAAAGGAAAUAAAUCCUGCCCUUCACUGUGAAAAUAAUAAAGUGAAUACUACAUGAAGACCAUUAAGGAAGAAUAAACAGAUCAGAUUGCUAUUCUUCAAGGCAAAGGGUUGUUAGAGUAGGACUGAUUUGUUUUAAUUGAAGUAUUUAUGUAUUGCUUUCUAUCUCAUGUCACUUGUCGACAGUAACUGCACAAAACUACUAUCUAGCAAGACUCAUGGAGAGGUGUGUUUUAUUGCUGAUAAUGUACAUUUUCAAGAGCAACGUUUUUAGUGUCUUGGUAGGGUCAUCACUUUAAGACUUGUUGACAAUAGGAGUACUUUUAUACUCUGUUUUGCCAGUUUGUGCCAUUAACAUAAUGUAAGCAUUAUUUAAGUAAUCGUCAAAUUAGUAAGGAAACAUAAUUAUGUACCAACAAUGCAUUUAAAGGUAAUAUUUGUUGGUUAUUUACUUGGUGCUAGCAUUUUAUUUCCACUGAUGCCUUGUUGUCCAGACACUGAUAAAUAGAAGAGCAUAGGAGAUACCUCUUAACCAGUUCUGUUCUACAUGGAGUAAUAAUUAAUCUGCACCUUAAUUAAACAGACUUGUGACAGAUUUCUUGGAGGAUUCCAUUUAAAUAUUCUGCAAAUGGUCUCGUGACUCCUCAGCAUGACUCUAGAUUUUUUUAAUUAUUUUUCCUUCCCCUCUUCCUACACGUUUGUAGUUGUAAUAGACCUUUAACUGCUUUGUGGUGAUUGUCUUAAGAUGCGACAUGUUUAAAACUCAGCUUCUUGAUCAUAUUCUAUGCUUUAAUACAUGGUCAAUUUGCUGAUAAAGUCUACUGUGGACAGCAAGGAGUACAAACACACUCACCAGGAGCAUCCUUAAUGCAGGCGCUUCUAACUGUCCACUAAAGCUGAUUACCUGCCCACCCUUUAUUUUCUUUGCUGUAUCUGCACUACAACAUGUAUGACCAGCUCAUUUCCUUCAGAAUGCUGGCGAAGGACAAUGGAUUAAGUUCUCUGAUUUUUUUUCUUUCCUGUUUGGCAUUUUCCCCUUCCCCCCCCCGCUUUUAUUUUGUAGCUCUGUUAUUGCUGUAGCACCUGAAGGAUUCCUUAGUCUUGCCAUUUACGACUAAAGAACUAUAGAGAUGGAAAUCUUGACUGUUUGAAAAAAAACAAGUGAACUUUACCCGCUUGUCCUAAGGUUCCUCUUUACUUUCUCUCUCUGAAAAUAAAGCAGAAGUCUUGGGAUAGACAUAAGCUCAGUCAUGAAUACUGACAAUAAACAAUACCAUACGAUCACUAAAUGUCAUAUUUAAACAGCUUUGGAAGAUAACAAAAGCAUAUUAUUAGUUUAUCUGAGGAAAAGUAUCUGAAGAUUAACAGGUCCAGGAUAAAUAACAACGAGAGAGAACUAGCUCUGGAAAAAUAGUUUUUAAAAACCCACAUUCCUGCAUAGAAAAUGCAUUCCAUAACUGUGUGUGUUUGGGCUGGUUUUAUAUUUCUGAAAUUAUAGCUUAUUACUGUAUUCUUAGAUUUCAGACUUUUUUAAAAAAAUACAGUGCUUAGAUUUAUACAGGAUUUGUUUAGAUACUUAUACCAGUAGCACUUGCUUUAUUAGUCAUUUAGUUUUCUUUAUAGACAAGAAGAUGAUUAUUUUUUACAAAACAACAAUUUUAACCUUUCUUAAUAGAAUACACAGGCUUGUAGUUUUGGCUUGGAGCAAUAAUUUAGUUACCUGCACUCUUGAGUCUCCAUCUGAGGGUUUUGAUUCUUAUCCUCACCUUUCGUGAAGAUAUCUCACCUGCUGAGGUAUGAUCUCUAUGAACUGUAUUCAUUUACUAGAAUAUAGAUUUUAAAUAUAUAUAUGUAUAUAUAUUUGUAGGUGUGUUGAGGCCAGGUGCUGCAGGACCUGAAGACACAGGUCCUUAUUGUACCUUUUGCCAGUAGUUGCAUGGAAAUCAGCUGCACAUCUAAUUCCUGGGCUUACAGAUUCCGAGUUCAUUUUGGAGGUACAAGGUUUAUAACAGUAUUGAUAACUGUCUGUAAGGAAUUAAUAUGGGAAAGCAUGGAAUUUUUUUAGGCAGACAUCUCCUUCUUGAGACCUACCCACAAAAUGAAAGAGGCAAUUUUAAUAAUUCCAUUAACAGUAAUUUAGAGAAAAUGACAUGAUUUGUCACACCAUUGUUUCAGGCAGUUUUGCACUGACAUCAGUGCCAGUUUUGCCUGAAUAGAUUAUCUGCAUCUGGAAAUUUCUUACUUGAGAGUAAUUCUUUGUGUGACACUUAUUUCCAAAUAUGUGCCUAAAUGUGAGCACUGACCAAGCAUGACAACUUUUCUGAAAUCAUGUGUUUCAAAAAAACUUUCAAGGAUGGACAAGUCCCAUGUUAAGGAUUUCAGGGCUGCGGUCAUGGAGAGGCUGUUGAUAAGCCUUGCAGAAUUAAGUUCAGUUAAGGACAAAUAACUGAUUUUUUGGUUAAAUUAUUUUUAAAGUAUCUUUAAUGUAUAUACAUUUUUUCCUCUGUUAUUUGUAUAUAGCUCAACUCUCAAUUUUAUAAUCCCCUGGGAAGGGAGGGGGUUGUACAUAUUUAGCCUGAAGUGUUUUCUGUUAGACUUUAAUAAACUUGUUUUGUAAUUUCCCUCA